AUGGCUUCUAUACAUGCAAUUUUCUUGUCACUUUCGGUCAUUAUUGCUUCAGCUAAUGGUGAUGACAAUGGUGGUAGGUCUAAUUAUGUUCUUAUGACACCCAAAAUUGGUAAGGAAGAAAGGCUUCUCUCUACCAUGAUUGGUAUUGAAGGAAUUAUUCUUUAUAAAUUUGGCUCAACAAUUGCCCCUCUUCCAGGAGGUUUAGCAAGAAUCACAUGUGAAGCAGUGGAUGAAUAUGGCUAUGAGGCAGCUUCUUACACAUUUUUAAGUGAUUCAAGUGAUGCAAAUGGCUACUUCUUGGCAACAUUAUCUCCUUCAGAGGUAGAAGACAAGAGGGAGUUGAAGGAAUGCAAAGCUUUUUUAGAGGUCUCGCCAUUAGAGAACUGUCAAUCUCCUUCUGACCUCAACAAUGGAGUCUCUGGUGCUCUUCUUCAUUCUUACAAACUUUUGGUCCAUAACAACAUGAAACUCUUCUCUGUUGGGCCUUUCCUUUUCACUUGCCAAAGUUAA